UCCAACUGGUGCGGAAAACAAAACACGGACAGAACAAAACCAUGACAGUCAACCGCAUGAGGGAGGUGGGGAGAGUAAGGAGGGGCGAAGGAGGUAGCACCACCAACCCGAUGAGGACAAACUUGCAAGAAGCGGAGACAGUGCAGAUGCUCGGCGGUUUUUGCGAACACGCGCACAAACACAGAGAGGCUGCAGAUCUUUGUUGGAUUACGACAACACGAUGAUUGCCACAACUCAACAAAACAUGACUACCGAGCUGGAGCUGGGGAGCUCAGAUGGGCCACCGCGGAAUUGGAAGGGCAUCGGAAUCGCCAUGAUGGUGAUCCUGGCUGUCAUGUCAUUAGUCAUUCUCUCCGUCAUCGUCCUCACCCCUGAUGAAUCAUACUUGUUACGCCGCUCCCUUUUCACUCUGGAAGACCUGGAGAGGGAAGAGUUCAAAGGUCACGACCCCUGCGUGGCCUGGUUAACGGAAAACGAAGUUGUCCUGCGCACCAGAGAGGGACACGUCCUGUCAUUCAGCCUCAACAACAACCUGAUGACCACCCUGCUGGACAACACUUCACUGGACCUGACCACCACCAAAUUCCAAGUUUCUGCAGACAGGAGCUUUGUGCUCCUGGCUUACAACAUUAAGCCGGUGUUCUCUCAGUCCUUCACAGCCACCUAUGCUAUCUACAGUGUGGCCACUGGGGAUCUGCUGGAACUUAGGCCACCGGUGAAGGAGAAGGAUGGGUUGCAGUACGCUUCCUGGGGGCCUUCAGGGAACCAACUGGCUUUUGUAUUUGAUGGAGACAUCUACUACAAGCCCAGUGUGACCAGCCAAGCCGUGCGUCUCACAUCCACUGGCGACCGGCACAGUGUGGUGAACGGGCUCUCCGACUGGACCUACGAGGAAGAGGUGCUACUGUCUUAUGCUGCCCACUGGUGGUCCUUGGACGGCGCCCGGCUAGCAUACCUGAGCAUCAACAACUCUGCCACACCCCUUGUGGAACUACCUCAGUUUUUGGGUGGCCUGUACCCCUCCAAUUUGAUUUUUCCCUACCCCAAGGCAGGCUCCAAUAUCCCAUCAGUCAGCCUGUUUGUCGUGAACCUGUAUGGCCCGGCUCACACGGUGCAGAUGAUGCCCCCCGACUCACUCAGUGCCAGAGAAGGCUACAUUUCCAUGGUAACCUGGACCAGCAGCACCCGCCUGGCGGUUCGUUGGCUCAACCGGGCUCAGAAUGAAUCUGUACUUUGCGUGUGCGAGGCCACCACGGGGGCGUGCUCAGAGAAACACAAGAUGACCAUGGACGUAAUGCAAAGCCAAUGGCAGCAGGAUGUGCCACUGUUUUCAGAUGAUGGCUCCAUAUUUUACGCCAUCCUGCCAGCCAAGCAGGGCGCCCGCGGAGAGUUCAGUCACCUCGCCGCUCUGUCAGCCCAGCCCACCGGUCCGUCCAGCCCUCCUCGGUUUUUGACAUCGGGGAGCUGGGAUGUCACCUCGCUCUGCGCCCUGGACGAGAAGGCUGGAAAGAUCUAUUUCCUGAGUACAGAGGAAUCCAGACAAGCCAGACACCUCUACAGUGUGCACGUGGAAGGAGCAUUUCAACGGCAGUGCAUCACAUGUAAACUCCUCGAGGGCUGCCUCUUUUUUCAAGCCGAUUUCAGUCCCAACUUCACCCACUUCACUCUCCGCUGCCUGGGUCCAGGAAUUCCAAAAGUGACAGUCCAUAACUUAAAGGAUCCCUCCAGAUACGUUGUCUUGGAGGACAACAGUGCCCUGUCCAAAGCCUUGGAAGACAAGCGCCUUCCUGAGACUCUUUUCAGGACACUUUCAACUGACAACCUUGAUGUGCACCUGAAAUUAUCUUUGCCUCAAGGUUACGAGGUUAACCUGCACCCUUUGCUCAUUAUUGUAGACAGCUCUCCCGGCAGUCAGUCAGUAACGGAGGAGUUUGCUCUUGGCUGGCCUCAGGUCCUCUGUAGCUCACACAAUGUGGCAUUGGUCUGGAUGGAUGGCCAGCGCAGGGUGGGACGUGGACAGAAGACCGCUGCCGCAGACUCACGCAAGCUUGGUUCACUUCACGUCAAAGAUCAUUUGGAAGUUGUUGAGUUGUUGAUGAAGUUGCCGUAUAUUGACGAUCGCCGCAUGGCUCUCUAUGGCAAGGCAUUUGGUGGACACUUAACGCUGAAAAUGUUAACUGCAACAGAGAAGCUCUUUCAAUGCUCAGCUGCCCUGGCCCCAAUAACGGAUUUUAGGCUUUACAGCGCUGCAUUCUCUGAGCGGUAUCUUGGCUUUCCAACAAAGGAGGAGCAUGUUUACUCGACUGCCUCUCUGCUGGAAGAGGUCAGCAAACUGAAAGAUGACAACUUUCUUAUUCUACACGGAACCGCAGAUGCGAGGGUACACUUUCAGCACAGCGCGGAGCUUCUGAGCCGAUUGGUGAGGGUGGAGGCCAACUAUUCCCUGCAGCUCUAUCCAGACGAAGGCCACACAUUGCGGGAACCGCGCAGCGUCCAGCAUUUCCAGCGCACGGUGGUCAACUACCUUCACAACUGCUUCAAGCACAGCACCCUCUUGGAUACAGUUGAGGAUGACGAGGAGGAGGAGGACGACUGACUGCCCUCACCUCUCGAAGGAUUAUUGUAGGUUUUUACGCCUUGGCGGUGAGUGUGAUGUUAAGUUCAGGAGUGCAGACCAAACACUUUCAGCCAAGCAAAUCAGCUCCUACAACUUUUGGAAAAUGAAGCAGCUACUCAACACCUAUUGCACACAAUUGUUUCUGAUGUUUACUGUCUGCUCGGGACCCCGUUUGUUUACAAAAUAUAGUGGGUAUAGAAAGUGAACACACCCUUGUGUUGUUUUUGCACCUUUUCACAAAAUUUGCGCCCCCCCCCCAAAAAAAAUCAUCAGGUCUUAAAAACGAGAGAAAAAUGCGUUACGGAUGGAGCUAUCUGACGCGCAUAUUUGGCACAAAAACAACACUGUGCAUCUUUGGAAGAACAUUAUUCCCAUGGUGAUGAUACUUGGUUUUCUUUAUGUGCAACUAGGCCUUUAGCCACCAUGGACCGGGACUUAUGAACAGUUCCAAAUAUCUGUCAAGUUUGGUGCAAAUCCUUUUGAGGUGUGCCUGAAAGCUGAAGUAAAACAAUUGUUUUACCUGAGGAGGCAUUUCCCUUGCCAUCUGUCACAUUUGGAGUGUGCAAAUAUUUUCAAGUCAAGACAUGCUGUGCUGAUCGACUUCCACCAAAAAUGGCUGCUUACUAUGCAUGCUUUGUAUUCUCUCUCUAAUACAGUGGUCCUCAACCUUUUUUCCACUAGGGACAGAUUUUUCACAGACCAGAAACCAUUUGUCUGUGGGGGUGCAGACGUUUAAUCCCGAUCGGAAACUAAUCGCUGGGGGGCGGGGCUCGGCGAGCCAAUAUGCUCUGCUACAAAAAAAUAUAUAUAUAUACUUUUUUUUUCAAUCUAUCUGUGUGGUCCGAUGUUUGGAGAUGACUGCUCGAACUGACUUUCUAUAUCCACUGUAUAUGUAUGAUGAUGUACGCUGAUGGUUGUGCCAAAUGUUUACAGGUUUUAAAGUGUACCUAAAGACUGCAUGAUGUCAAGUAGAUUGCAUUUUCUGUGUUUUGUCAUCAUGGUUUGAAGUAUAAUAUUCCAUUCUGAGACAAAGAGACUUUACAGGUUUCAUAUUCAGAGUGCAGCAGGACUAAACUUCAAAAUGAAGCUUACAUUCUUGAUGAGUCAUUUUGCUUCCAGGCUGGUUGGAAAGAAUCCACAUUCCUUUUAAGGUUAGAGUUAUUGUGACAACUAUUUUCUUACACCACUUAAAUAGUGCAGCGCAUAUGUGCUGUACCAAAAUACGUCCAUCAAAUGGACUGUUGUGACAAUGUGAAUUAAUGUAUUUAACAAUGCAGUUGUCAUUUGCAUCAAUUCAACAACAAGCCCUGACUCAAAGACCGCAGUGGAAACAGAUCACCUUCAUGUUUUGAUAUGCAACGGUAAAUGAGUCUCUCUUAAUGCAUGAGACGCAACUGAAUUUACUGGCCAUCAAACUAAACGAUUGCAUGCCUCCGAUUUGCCACAUCAAGCAUUUGUUUUUCAGCAAAACCUUGACAAUUAAAACCUUAUUUUACAGCAAAAUC